AUGACUACGAAACGAAAGCAACGAAAGCAGCCAUGUUGGGCAGCUGGCUCCAUGGCUAAUGUUUCACAACCAGCACCUACUACUAAUCAGUCACAACAUCAGCCACUGCCUCAGUCGCAGCCACAACCGGCACAGCAGCAAUCACAGCCACAACCGCAGAUGACUAUGAAACCAAAGCAACCCCGUUGGACAGCUGGCUCCAUGGCUGAUGUUUCACAACCAGCAUCUACUACUAAUCAGUCACAUCCUCAGCCCCAGCCUCGACCACAGCCGCAGUCAGAAUCACAGUCGCAACCACCACAACCUCUUGGCAACAAUAUGACUCCAACUGUGAGCUUUUCCCAACAAAGUAAUCAUGAAUUGCAGUCAUCAAGUGGAGCAGUUUCAAUAGCUACCAGCACGGGUCAAUCAACAAUUAGACAAACAAGAGGGCCUGGUCGUCCUUUUACCAGAUGGGGCACGGGACAAAAGUUAAAGGUUACAUUAAAUGAAGAGAAUCAACCUAUUGGCGAUGAAGCUGCAAAAUUACAAAGUCAGUUAGGCAUUCUAGCCCGGAAUGGGAAUUUUGCACCAUUAACUUUCAAUGAUUGGAGAGCUCCACAGUUAAACCCCUAUAAAGAAUGUAUAUGGCAGGAAGUUAAGGUAUGA